CAGGUCAGCGCUGUUAACGUAUCUAUCACACCGUCUAAUAUUUAUUAGGGUUUUUUAAUCCCUCCUCUUGUCGUCUUCAUCUUCUUCAGUUUUAUUACUCUCAGACAUGUCGACGGCGGACGAGACACCGCCACCAUCGGAGCAAUUGCAGUCUCUCUCCGUUUCUACUUCCUCAUCUUCUCCGGGUAUUAUGACUCCUGAAGAGAGGUUUCGAAUCGUGAGAAGCAUUGGAGAAGAGUGUAUACAAGACGAUGAGCUAAUGAAUCUGCUUACCAAAAAGCCCCAACCUAUUUGCUAUGAUGGGUUCGAGCCUUCUGGUCGAAUGCACAUCGCCCAGGGCGUUAUGAAGAUCAUAAAUGUGAACAAACUGACUUCUGCAGGAUGCAAAGUGAAAAUUUGGAUUGCUGAUUGGUUUGCCCAGCUUAAUAACAAAAUGGGAGGUGAUUUGAAAAAGAUUCAAACAGUUGGCCGCUAUUUCGUUGAGAUAUGGAAGGCGGCUGGUAUGGAUCUUGAAGCAGAUAAAGUUGAAUUUGUAUGGUCUUCUGAGGAAAUUAACUCUAGGGCAGCUGAGUACUGGCCCCUUGUUAUGGAUAUUGCUCGUAGGAAUAACCUUGCUAGAAUUGUGAGGUGUGUGCAAAUUAUGGGUCGUACUGAGAAGGAGGAGCUUACAGCUGCUCAGAUUCUCUAUCCAUGUAUGCAGUGUGCUGAUAUUUUUUUCCUCAAGGCUGACAUUUGCCAGCUGGGCAUGGAUCAGCGGAAAGUGAAUGUUUUUGCAAGAGAAUACUGUGAUGACAUCAAGAGGAAAAACAAACCUGUCAUUUUAUCUCACCACAUGCUCCCAGGUUUGCAAGAAGGGCAAGACAAGAUGUCAAAAAGUGAUCCAUCUUCUUCUAUCUUUAUGGAGGAUGAAGAGGCAGAAGUAAAUGUGAAGAUAAAGAAGGCAUUCUGCCCGCCACAGCAGGUUGAGAAGAACCCUUGCCUGGAAUACAUCAAAUACAUUGUCUUCCCAUGGUUUAAGGAAUUCAGGGUGGAACGUAGUGCAGAACAUGGUGGGGAAAAGAUCUAUGAAAGCUAUGAAAAGCUUGUUGCUGAUUUUGAAAGUGGUGAAUUGCAUCCUGGUGAUCUGAAGCCUGCUCUGGCAAAAGCAAUAAAUAAGAUAUUGCAGCCUGUUCGUGAUCAUUUCAAGAAUGAUGCUAAUGCUAAUGAUCUGCUGAAACGGGUUAAGGGUUAUAGAGUAACACGAUGAGUUGGAUUUACAUGCGAACUGAUGUCUACUGCAUUGGAUUAGAUCAUCUGGAAAGGACCUCUUAUUUUUGAAAUUUGAUGAUGUUAUAAAGACAAUUUUGAUUGUAUUGCAUCAUUCAUUUGGUGGUUUCUGAUAAUUAUGAAUUUGGAAUCUAUAUCUUUUAAUUUAUUUAGUGCUGUAACACAUAUAUUUUUUUUAAACCCUUUUGGUUUAAAA